AUGCAAGUUUCAGAAUCAUGGUUGAAGCCAUGUCUUCCGUCUGGCUCCUACUCUCUACCCGGGUUCCACCUGAUUAGGAAUGAUCGCUCUGUUCGGGGUGGGGGUGGUGUGGCCAUAUACCUACGCACUCACAUUCCCUUCUCCAUCGUAAGUUUGUCCUCACAGCCACCACCAACGGAUGCGGGCGAGCACCUCUUCUUAGAGGUGGAACUUCAUCACCACAAACUUCUGCUCGGUGUGUACUAUUCCCCUUCUUUACACGUCAACUAUUUCUCUUCCUUCGAGCAGAUUUUGGAAAAUCUUACUCCAUCCUACGAGCACACAAUAAUUUUGGGAGAUUUCAAUACGUGCCUCUUAAAAGGAGAUGCCCGCUCUGUUUACUUGAGGAGUGUGGUUGAGUCUAGCAAUCUGUCAAUACUACCCUCAGGCGCGACUCACAACGCACCAAACUGUGUUCCUUCUCUCUUAGAUCUCAUCAUUGUAUCCAAUACUGAGCAUGUAACCAAUCAUGGACAGUGCUCUGCGGAUGAGUUUUCCCAUCAUGAUCUAAUCUAUCUAUCCUACGCUCUUCGACCUCCUAAAUCCAAACCUAAAAUUGUCAUGCGGCGCAGUUUUGGUAGCAUGGAUCGGGAAAAGCUAUGUGCAGAUGUUAGAAGCAUCGACUGGCAACCUCUGUUAUCUUCUGAGUGUAUUGACACAAAAGUGAACAUUUUAAAUGAAAACUUAAUCAAUAUAUUUGAUAUUCAUGCACCUCUUCGUAGUGUUAAGCUAAAGCAUUUGCCAGCUCCAUGGCUCACCGAUGAAAUACGAGCCAUCAUGUCGAAAAAGGUAGCGGCAAAGACGAGAUACAAGCGUCGACCUACACAAACUAACUUCGAUAAAUAUGUGACUAUAAGAAAUCACUGCAAUAAGUCUGGCUUCCGUGCAGGACACAGUACAGUGUCAGCAUUAGUCCACAUCACAGAUGAUAUUAGAGGAAAUAUGGAUAGUGGAAACGUAACGGUAUUAUCCUUACUCGACUUCAGUAACGCAUUUAAUACCAUCGAUUUCCAUAUUCUCCUUGGUAUUCUUCGCUCUCUUAACAUAUCUCCAGGGGCAAUUGAUUGGUUUCACAAUUACCUGUUUGGGCGUCAGCAUCGCAUUCGACUUGAAGACUCCCUCUCUUCAUGGUGUAAUGCAACUGUCGGUGUCCCACAGGGUGGCGUUCUAUCUCCAUUACUCUUCGCAAUUUUUAUUAAUUCUAUUUCCAAUCAUUUACUUUCAUCCUACCACCUGUAUGCUGAUGAUUUACAGAUAUACACCCAUGCACCUGUCAGUAUGUUAUCGACUGCGCUUAAUAUUAUUAAUGCAGAUCUAGAGCACAUAAGUGCUUGGAGUAACGACUAUGGACUCAAAAUUAAUCCCACAAAAUCACAGGUAUGCAUCAUUGGGAGCCCCAUAAUGUCUGCUAAAAUUAAUUGGUCACAUUUGCCUCCGGUUCAAUUUAACAAUACCAUCAUACCGAUCAGCAGCAAAGUAAAAAACUUGGGAGUUAUAAUUGAUAGCACCUUUUCAUGGGGACCUCAGAUUCAGGAGGUGAGCCGCGAAUACAAUCAACGACUAUACAUGUGCUUCAUAGACUUUACGAAAGCUUUUGACUCUCUAUUUCAUAUUCCUAUUUGGGACUCGCUACUGCAACAGGGUGUAAAUGAAAAGUAUCUUAAACUGCUUCAUAACAUAUACUCCAAAUGUAGGGUAAAGGUGAGAUUAGAAAAAGAAGGCCCAGAAUUUUACCUUCAGAAAGGAGUCAGACAAGGCGAUCCUCUAUCGCCUAAAAUGUUCUCAGCUGUACUAGAGUCGAUAUUUCGGAGGUUAAAUUGGGAGAAUAUUGGUCUUAAAAUAGGAGGAGAGUUCUUAAACCACUUGAGGUUCGCGGACGAUAUAGUGCUUUUCGCAGAUAAUGCAACUGACUUAGGAUUUAUGAUAGAUAGUUUAUCAAAUGAGAGCAAACAGGUUGGUUUGUCUUUAAACGCCUCUAAGACCAAGAUUAUGUCAAACGGCGAAAUCAUAGAUGUUAUAGUAGAUGGCAAUAGCAUAGAGUACGUGAAAGAAUACAUAUACUUAGGAAAUUAUGAAAAACAAAGAAGUAAAAAUAGAAAUUAA